AUGACCCGGAGACCUGGAAAACGGAAAUCGGACGUAGUUGACGUGGUCGACACGGCCGAGACUGGCUCGGAUCAUGGUGAGGCCCGCGUAUCCAAGAGGAGCCGGACUACAUUGGCACCAGACCUGCCGGGCGCAACUACAGCCCAGAGACUUGGUGAAAAUGCCGACUACAUCCCACUCUCACAAGUCGCUGGCGCAGAUGAAGAUGACGCCCAGGCCGAGGAUAUCGUUCAGGGAAGCCAAGAUAUGGAUGCGUCGUCACUUUCUAGCUCGAUGCUUUACGGAAGAAUUGACGGAAAGAUUGUGGGGGUUCGCUACUACAGAGGCUAUGCCACUCCCGGAGAGCAUGUUGUCCUAAAAAGAGAGCCUUCAAAUCAAUACGAUCGCAAUGCCAUUCGCGUUGAUAAUGUCAUGGGUUCCCAAGUGGGACAUAUUCCACGAGGAAUGGCUGCCAAGCUGGCACCUUACAUGGAUGCCAGAGAUCUAUCUGUGGAAGGUGUUCUUACAGGAGUUAUUGGGCACUUCGACUGCCCGGUUCAGCUGAGGCUUUUUGGCACGAGUGAUCCAACAAUGAAAGAUGCCUUGAAGAAGCGCAUGCAGCAAGACAAGCUACCAGUCAAAGACUUUAUCGAAGCCGAGCGUGAGCAACGACGGCAGGAGAAACAGCGUGAGCACGAACAGAAGGCGGCUGAAAAGAACGCCCGUGCAAUGGCUCUCGGAAAGGCAGCCCAGCAAUGGCAGCAGAAUGAGGACUCUACAUAUGCUAACUUGUCGGUGCCGACCGGGCUCGGCGAAAGCGAAAGCUUGGAGGAGCUCAUGAAACAAAGCAGCUUUUUCAACCCACGGGAAAUUGGUCAAGUCGUCGAAGCCUUUGGGCAGAAGGAAGCCGAUUUGGCAAAUAUGCCCAUGGCUGAUUCCCCAGCAGGGCUAUCCACGGAGCUGCUGCCGUACCAGAAACAAGGGCUCGCCUGGAUGAUCAAUCGAGAAUCUCCUUCCCUUCCAGUCCCCGGUUCUGAUGCCAUUGUGCAGCUGUGGAGGCGUGACGGGGCCAAAUUUAUCAAUAUUGCAACCAACUUCUCAACUACCACCGAACCACCACUUGCGAGUGGUGGUAUUCUUGCAGAUGACAUGGGUCUUGGCAAAACCAUCCAGAUUAUCUCACUGAUCAUGGCCAAUCCUACGCCCCAAACCUCCGGGUCUAGCAAGACCACCCUCAUUCUCGCCCCGGUUGGUGUUAUGAGUAACUGGAAAAAUCAGAUUCAAGAUCACACUCACAUUGAACAUGCACCCCGUGUCUUGAUCUACCAUGGGUCCGGCAAAAAGGAGAAGGCCAACCUGGCACAAUAUGACGUGGUGAUCUCGAGCUAUGGUGCCCUUGCCAUGGAGUUUGAGCCAGAAUCGAAGAAGCUGCCUCCGGGGGGAAUCUUCUCGGUUCAUUGGCGUCGUGUAGUCCUGGAUGAGGGCCAUACAAUUCGCAACCCUCGCUCGAAGGGCUCUCUUGCAGCCUGCGCCUUGCGAGCAGAUUCUUGCUGGACACUGACUGGAACACCGAUUAUCAAUACUCUUAAGGAUCUUUAUUCUCAGGUCCGUUUCUUGAAGAUGUCUGGCGGUCUGGAGGACUUCGGUGUGUUCAACAGUGUCCUGAUUCGCCCCCUUAUGGAUGGCGACCCUGAGGCUCGCUUGCUUCUUGAGGCCCUGAUGGGAACCAUCUGCCUUCGAAGAAGGAAGGACAUGGAAUUUAUCAACCUGCGUCUACCAAAAAUGGCAUCCCGGGUUCUUCGUGUCAAGUUUCAUCCCCAUGAGCUGGAGAAGUACAGCGCAUUCCAAAACGAGGCGAAAGGUGCUCUUCUCGAACUCAAGGAUAAAGAAGGGAGUUAUUCUACUCUUUUGGAGGUCAUACUACGUCUUCGUCAAGUUUGCAACCACUGGGCCCUCUGCAAGAAUCGCAUUGACAAGCUCAUGGGAGACCUCGAGAAACACAAAGUUGUCCCUCUUAACCCGGAAAAUGUGAAGGCCCUGCAAGACAUGCUGCAGAUCCAUAUUGAGAGCCAGGAGGCCUGUGCCAUCUGUCUUGAUAACUUUGAACAGCCGGUAAUUACGGCAUGUGCCCAUGCCUUCUGCCGUGGUUGCAUCGAGCAAGUCAUUGAGCGGCAGCACAAGUGCCCGCUCUGCCGUGCGGAUAUCAAGGACAAUCUUACUCUUGUUGCCCCUGUUGUAGAGCUGGGAGAGGACGCUGAGACGGCCGUUGCUGACCCUAAUAACCCCAGCAGCAAAAUUGAGGCGCUCAUGAAGGUUCUCACUGCACAGGGUCAAGCACCCGGUACCAAGACGGUGCUAUUCAGCCAGUGGACCUCCUUCCUUGAUCUAGUCGAACCCCACCUCGUGCAACGUGGCAUUAAGUUUGUACGUAUCGACGGCAAGAUGCAGUCUGGGAAGCGCGACAACUCCAUCAGUGUCUUCACGAACGAACCUGACUGCACUGUUCUUCUCGCCAGUCUCAGCGUCUGCAGCGUCGGUCUCAACCUCGUGGCAGCAAACCAGGUCAUCCUCGCCGAUAGCUGGUGGGCACCUGCCAUUGAAGACCAGGCAGUUGAUCGCGUCUAUCGACUUGGCCAGAAGCGUGAGACCACAGUGUGGCGUGUUGUCAUGGAAAAUAGUAUCGAGGAGCGUGUGCUUGAUAUUCAGGAGCGGAAGCGCAAGCUCAUGCUCGCUGCCUUCCGCGAGACGGCCAAGAAGAAGGCUGAGAGCACUGCUACACGUAUGGCUGACUUUGAGACUCUCCUAGAUUAA